AUGGCUGCCAGGUUGAGAUCCCCGAUGAUCGGAAUUGAUCUUGGAACCGGAUACUCGAGCGUGGGCGUCUGGAAUAGAGAGAGUAACUGUGUGGAAAUCAUCGCCGACAAGAAGGGCAACACCAGGAUUCCGAAUUCUAUGGUGUUUACCAAGACUCACUGUCAGUUUGGUGUUUCUGGCGACAUGGAGGACCAGCUUUCAAUCGAUCCCGACAACACCAUAGUCUCCAAUGUCAAAAGGUUAAUAGGCAGGAGAGACAAAAGCCUUAUAUUCAGAAGAUUUCCAUAUAUUCAGAGUGAUUUGCAUCAAUAUCCUUUCCAGGUCACUGCCAACUCUAUUGGCAUGCCUACGGUCGCAUUUAAUUAUAAGGGAGAACCGAAACAGUUGUAUGUCGAAGCAAUUUCUGCCAUGGUGGUCAGCAAUUUGGUUGAGAUUGUUAAGACUCAUCCUAGCAUCACGCAUGUGAGCGAUGCAGUCAUUACUGUACCUUGCUACUUCACCACCUCCCAGAGAGGUGCUACCAUAGACGCUGCACGCAUGGCCGGCCUACAAUACGUGCAUAUUGUCAAUGACUCCACCGCUGCAGCUCUUGCGUAUGGUUUUAAAGGUAAAGUGCAUGCAGAGCGCGAGCAGAAGAACCUUUUGGUUUUUGAUCUUGGUGCGGGGAGUUUAGACGUGUCUCUUGUUAGGAUAGAGAACGGUAGAUAUCAGGUUAUAGCCUGUAUUGGAGACACACACUUGGGUGGAAAUGAUUUUGACAAGAGAAUGGUAGAUCUCUUUGUGCAAGAGUUCCAGAAUGAUCACAAGGAGGACAUCAGUGCAAAUCCAAGGGCUGUUAGGAGGUUAGCAAUAGCCUAUGAGAGUGCUAAGAGGACUCUGUCAUCCAGAGAAAUAAACCAGGCUACUAUUCAUAUUGAUUCGCUGGUCGAUGGUAUCAACUUCGAUAAAACUAUUACUAGGGACACAUGUGAUCAGAUAAACAUGGAUUUGUACCACAAGUGUGUAAAGCUAGUUGAUGAAUGUUUAAAAGAUGCUGCUAUAGACACAAGUAGUGUCUCCGAUGUUUUGCUCCUAGGUGGUUCCUCAAAGAUUCCUAUGCUGCAAGAACUUCUGGAAUCUUUCUUCAAGGGGACUCGAGUGAGCAUCCACAGAGACGAAGAAGAAUUGGUCGCUUAUGGUGCAGCUCUUUUGGGUGCAAUGUUAACCAUUGACACAGAUGAGGUGCAAUCUCUGUCAAUCUGUGAUGUAGCUACACUGUCUGUGAGUCGUGUAACCUCUAGCCCGAUAAAUCGAAUACUACCUGCAAAACUAAAGAAGUUAGAUGUUUUCAACAGGAAGACCGCCAUUUUUCCAAGGAAGACUCCCCUCCCAACCAAAAAGGAACAAAAUUACUCCAUCUCCUCACAUAACUUUUGGUUCCAUAGAGAGAAAAGGUACAAGUUGACUCUUUAUGAGGGUCAUGACCAGAUGGAUCUUCUGGGGACAUUCGAGUUUACUGGAAUUCCAAAGGGUGCUUCUAAGAUCACUGUUUCGUUUGAAAUAAACCACAGUGGAUUCUUGUUUGUUACUGCCGAGGCUGACAACGUAAGGAUUGAGGUAACCUGUAAGAGAGGCCGAUUGACCGACUACCUCGAUGUGCACCAUCUCAACUCAGAGGUCAGGAAUUACAUGCAAUCAGCAGUGUACUAG